ACAAGAAUCUUAUUUGGUCCCUUAACAUGAAUUUUUAGCCAAACCGACAAAUCUGACUCACACCCGUUUCACCAAACAUGGUUGUUUAUCUUGCCAUUGAAAAAGAACAGCACCCCCAAGGAUAAGGAGUCAUCAGAAACUGAUCAAUCCUUCCAUUUUGGCUUAAAAUAAAACUACAGCCUUUUUCACACAUUAUUGGUGGGUCUGUUUGUUUCCAAGGAAAAAUGAAAAACUUCACUGCAUUUUCCCUCUUUUUCUGCUUUUGUUCCAGUGCCUGUUUCUAGCUUAUUUUCUUUUGGAGUUAAUACACCGAGGUGAAAGAGAGGCUGUUACAAUCAAUUUACCGAAUGGAACUGCAGUUUGGUUUGUUCUUAUUUUUGACUUUGAUUCCGGUGAUUUUUGCUCAUGAUAUUAGUCAUGGAUCGAUUGUGGUCGAUGGAACUAUGACUGUUGCUCAAACCGAUGAUAAUUUCGUCUGUGCUACGAUCGAUUGGUGGCCUCAUGAUAAGUGUGAUUACGACCAGUGUCCAUGGCACUAUACAUCGGUAACUAAUCUGAACUUGUCUCAUCCUUUCCUUGCCGAAGCUGUCCGAGCUUUCAACAAUUUGAGGAUAAGAGUUGGAGGCUCUUUGCAAGAUCAAGUGUUGUACGAUGUCGGGAAUUUGAAGUCUCCUUGCCAUCCAUUCCAGAAGAUGAAAGACGGGUUGUUCGGAUUUUCGAAGGGAUGUUUACACAUGGAGAGGUGGGAUGAACUCAACCGUUUCUUCAAAGAAACUGGUGUACUAGUGACGUUCGGCCUGAACGCUCUCCACGGGAGACAUAAAAUUAAGAGGAGCCUUUGGGGAGGGGAUUGGGACUCUAGCAAUGCGCAAGAUUUUUUGAAGUACACCAUUUCAAAGGGAUACCACAUAGAUUCAUGGGAAUUCGGUAACGAGUUGAGCGGACAUGGUAUUGGUGCACAUGUUCUCGCUGACCAGUAUGGAAAAGACUUGAUCAAACUAAAGAAAAUUAUAAAUGAGUUGUACGAAGGUUCACAAUCUAAACCUUCUCUCGUAGCUCCCGGAGGAUUCUUUGAAGAAGAGUGGUUCGUCAAGCUUCUUCUGACCUCAGGCUCACGUGUGCUCGAUUUCAUGAGCCACCAUAUGUACAAUUUGGGUGCAGGUGUUGAUCCGAAACUCGUUAGUAAGAUAUUGAAUCCCGACCACUUAAACAAGGCAGCAUAUACAUUCGGUAAUCUUACACAUGUCAUCCGGAGGCACGGUCCUUGGUCUUCUGCAUGGGUUGGAGAGUCUGGUGGGGCAUAUAACAGCGGCGGUGCUCACGUGUCCAAUACAUUCGUCAACAGCUUCUGGUAUUUAGAUCAACUCGGAAUGUCGUCAAAAUACCAUACUAAAGUAUAUUGUAGGCAAACACUGAUCGGUGGGAACUAUGGUCUUCUCAAUGCGACAACAUUUGUUCCGAACCCUGAUUAUUACAGUGUGCUUCUAUGGCACCGGUUGAUGGGAAAAGUGGUUCUGUCUGUUGAAAGUGAUGCUUCGCCGUUUCUACGAUCCUAUGCUCAUUGCUCCAAAGGAAGAGCUGGUGUAACUUUACUGGUGAUCAACUUGAGCAAUCAAACGAAUUUCAUAAUGAAGGUUCAAAACAGCAUCAGCCUGAAGUUGGCUGUGAGUGAACAGAACAUUAGUCGGGGCGGCUUCGCACAUACUCUCAAGAAAACAUUUUCCUGGGUAGGAACCAAAGCUUCCGAUGAAGCACUAUUCCGAGAGGAGUAUCAUUUAACUCCUAAAGACGGCUACCUUCAAAGCCAAACUAUGGUUCUCAACGGCAUCCCUUUGGAAUUUACCGAGGCUGGAAACAUGCCAUCGCUAAACCCUGUCCGUGUUAAUGUGAAUUCUCCGAUAUCCAUCUCGCCUUUGUCGAUCGCAUUCAUAGUAUUCCCCAACUUCGAAGCUCCACCUUGCGGAUGAUUUACCAUUUCUCUUACCGACUUUACCUUUUACGAAGUAUCUGUAACACUUAUGUCCUGCACAUAUUCUAACACGAGUAUGUGGUAUGAUCUCUAAAUACAAAAUUUUUUCUAUAUCGGACAUCGGGCAUAUAUGGACUCGGCCAUGAGUCCGGAUAAGUAAUAAUGAAGGGUUGAAUAUAUUUGAGCAAUUGUAAUUGUAACUAGAUUUUGCAAUAAUAUUACCUGGAUAAUAAGCACAAACUGUAUAAAUCAUUGUUAUAUACUAUAUAUUUUAUGGAAAUGUGUUAUAUUAUUGUUA